AUGACGCAUUGCCACAUGAUUAACUUGUGCUGGCCUCUGUCUUUGAUUUCGCUUGUAGCAUUUCGCUAUUCUGUGUCCUGGCUUUUGGAAGUAAAAGCACAGGUUUCGUCGAAAGCACUCCUCUUUGCUCAGCUUGGCAUUGCAUAUUUCCAUGUCGUCACUCUCCGGUUGACGUGCAUGCCUCGACUGAACGAGUCCUCUAUACAGAGGUUUAUAUGGCUCGCGCAUUUAGUGGGACCGCUCAAACUCGAGCGCCACGGCAAUGGCUUCAGUCUUCGUUUGACAGCGUCGAUUUACUACUUCUUGACGCGUCUUCAAAACCAGUCCUCUGGUAAAACUCAUGACUCGAUCGACGCUGCUCAUGUCUCUGACUUCACUCAUAAUCUUCCUGAACUUGGUGAUGUACUCUUCCAGGCUCUUGCAAUUCUUGUACUUCAGGUCGUCUAA